AUCUCAGAGAUGAUGGACAAGUCGAUAACAUAUUUUGUUCUUUCAUCAAGGAAUCGAUUCAAAGAUUUUUGUUGAAAAGGGUUUGGUCUUUUGGGAUUCAGUUAAAAAGCAAAAGAGGCGAAAUGGUUUUGAGGAAACCAAAAGCCAAUCUUUCUCUCGUUAAUGGGGGAAGAUUCCACAACAGAAAGUGCGUCACUAAUGGAGUAGGGUCUCGCAGGAAAAUAUCUGAAUCCAUUGAUCACUGGGCUUUUCUGGAAGAAAUUGAAGCACCAAUGUGGGUAGACCUAACGUUAGAGACGAAGUCAAUGGACCAGGAUAUGCAUGAUGCAUGGUUUCAAGUGGCCCACCCGUUCCAUCAGUGCUCAUCCAACGAAUUAAUGUCUGCAUCUUCUCUUUCCGGUGAAGGGAACAGAAACUCUAACUCAGAGUUGCUUGGGUCUUAUUCUCCCACUCUACCAUCUUCUGUCUCAAAAUCAAGAGGUAAAGAUAAUAGGAGCAGGAAAUGGGACGAGGGUAACCAUGUUUCUCUGAACAAGCCACAGCAUAUUGGGAGUUUGGGCCAAAGAAUGUCAUGGAUGGUUAGGGGAUCGGUACAAGAAAUGAAACCCGAACACAAAUUUGGAAAUAAAAAAGACACUGACACUAAGAAAGAAAGUUUGAUUUGCCUUAGAAGUUCAACAGCCUCAAUGAGAUCCUAUUCCUCCAAGACAAUGUCUACUUUCGGAGAUACAAAAAGUAGUUCACUAGUGAAAUCAAGUGUUAUAGGUGAGAGCAAUUCAACUAGCACCACAGGAAAUUCGAAAAGCUUUUCAAAUUUCAAAGGGAGCACUCUAACUGUAAACAAUCAGCAACAACUACAGGAUACUUCUGAAAUAUUACAUCGAACUUCUGGUUUGACAACUGGGUUCUUUUUGGCUAAGAGGAUUAGGCUUACAAGGACUAGAGUUUUGAGACAGCCAUCAAGGGUGGAGAUCAAACAUUCAAAUGGAAAUAAAUCAUCUUCAAGCAAGCCCAGUGGUUUUCCAACCUUGAACCCUGGAAAACAGUCAAAUGGUCGUAAGUCGUCUUCAAGUAAGUCAUCAAGUGUAGGUUCCUCUAUGAACCCUAGAUUUGAUCUCAAGGACACAACUCUCUCAGCUGUUGUGAACAUUUAUACAACACCAGAAAGCAGGAAAGUUAUCAGCUUUGGUCAAGCUGCCAAGCACCCAAAGCAGAAGGCUUCAGAUGUCUCUAAAACAUCUGGAAUUCAAGAUCCAGAUUUUGCAUCUAGUUCUCAAUUGGGAGGGAAAGCCCUAAUUGGAAAAUUCACCAACCAAAGUUCAAGGGUUCUAUGUCAAAUUGAGCCUACAUAUGCAUUGCAGCUUGGUAAGGUACAGGAAUCCUCCAAUGUUUACAUGAAAGAUGAAGAGAUGGUGGGCACCACAAGGUCUAAUAGGGUGGCUGGCAGCAGGAAUGUGAAUGUUAGAGGAAGCAUGGUCUUGGGUCAGAUCUCCAGUGGCAAAGAAAAUGCCGCUGGAGGCAUUCCAGGUCAGAAACCAAUGAAGCAAACUGUAAAAGUAAAGAAUGUCGUGGGAUUGUCUGAUAUCAAGGUUAUGACAUGUCAAACUGAGCCUACAAAUGCAUUGCAGCUCGGUAAGGUACAAGAAUCCUCGAAUGUUUACACGAAAGCUGAAGAAAUGGUAGGCACCAGAAGGUCCAACAGGGUGGCUGGUAGCAGGAAUGUGAAUGCUAGAGGAAGCAUGGUCUUGAGUCAGAUCUCCAGUGGCAAAGAAAAUGCUGCUGGAGGCAUUCCAGGUCAGAAACCAGCACAGCAAACAGUAAAAGUAAAGAAUGUCAUGGGGUUGUCUGAUAUCAAGCAAAAAACCAAAAGAGGAAAUCAAAGUAACAAACCAGUGGAUGCUGCUCAGAGGAUUUACUUUCGAUAAGAGUCUGCAGUUCAGCAAAAUUUGUAUAUACACUGUAAAUCAGUUACAUUCUUUUCCAAUUUUUCUCCUGAGAGGAGGCAUAAAAAUGCAUGGAUUUGCUCUCAGAAUCCUAGUGAUUAGCUUCUUUGUCUUGAGUGGCUUCUGAUCCUGAACCCUUACUGCUCAGAUUGUCUGUCUUGAGUGGCUUCUGAUCCUGAGCCCUUACUGUUCAGAUGUUCUCUUCUUUUUACUGAUAACUCUUACAUUACUAAUAUUCAUAUAGAGCUUGAAAUACUCUGAUAGUGUUCA